AUUAUUUAUUACGCUUUUUUUGUUACGCAUGCCUUAUCAAAUCACAAUCUUCAAAUACGGACGCGUAUUACGUAAUUUAUUGUUUCUCGUCACAAAUUAUUUACAACGAUACAUGACUAACGUUGUGCGAGCGAUAUCACGAACGGGGAUCGUAGAGUUGUUGUCUACACCAAAAAGUUGUUCUGUUUGUAGGUGUGUGCAUACCUACAAACUGCCGCAGGUUAUGCGAAGAGGCUCGUAUAAGUAUGUCCUCGUAUCGUGGCGAGGUGGGCGCGUGGGACGGCGGUCCUCCGGGCGCUGAGGCGGACUACGCGCCGCAGCACGCGCCUCCACACGCCGCGCCCUUGCCCACCACCGAUCCCUGGACGGGGGUCAGCUACAGUCAGUACGGGCCGCCUCAAUACGACUACCAAGGCUACAGUGCCCCCGGUUACGGUUAUAAUUACGAUUCCACGUAUUAUCAGAGACCUGACGGUGGCUACUAUGAUAGUUCUAGGAAUGCGUAUCCCCCACAGCAGCUCGGCAACUACGACGCCACUCGUGACCGUUCGCGAUCAACUCACGGCUCUCGCGAUUACGAUCGUCCUCGAACUUUGUAUAGAUCCAAAUCAAGGAGCGUGUCACCAUACGAUAGAGAAGAACGAGAAUAUUCUAAGAAAAGGGAAAGCAGUUACGAAGAUAACAGAAGGCGUAAAUCAAGAAGUGCCUCAAAACACUCUAAGUAUUCAUCUAGUGACCGGUCGAGCUACAGAUCUAGAUCAUAUUCCAGGUCACCCUCUAAGAAAACGAAAAAUCGCAGGCAAUCAGAAUCAUCACAGUCAUCAGGGUCUGGCAGAUCUUAUAAGAAGUCUGCUAAUGCAAGGGUCGAUCGAUCUCAUACACCAACAUUAAAAGGCCGAACAUCACAUUCUCGCAAUAGAUCUUAUGAUAAUGAAGAAAGAUUGAAAAGUAGGUCUUCUAGUCUCGAAAAAGAAUCAAAAAGCACUAGAAGAUCUCAUCAGAAACGGUCAAAAUCGAAAGAACGACGACCAAGAGAUAUUUAUACUCCACCGAGAAAGAAUUCCGUUUCUCCAAAACCACAUAAAAAGUCUUCAAAAUCUUCACCCAAAACCAAUAAGAAAUCAGAACGUUCUCCACAUAGAAAAAAUAAAUAUCGUGACCGUCAAUCUUUGACACCACCUAGAAAAACAAAAGACAGUUCUGUUACCCCACCUCGUUGUUAUGCCAGGAAGCAUUCCUCAUCGAGUUCUAGUUCGCGAUCCCGUUCUCGAUCAGUUACUCCUAAGGCUAAACAUAAAAGAUCUUGUACUCCGAAAUUACGGCGAAGUAGAUCAUCGUCUUCUAGUCGAUCAUCAUCUUCUAGAUCAGGUGCUAAAAGACGCAUAAAACGUAAAUCAAUAACUAAACACGGAUCUCGUAAUAACAGUCGAUCAAGAGAUAGAUCAAUGAGUAAGGGAAGAUCGCCUUUACGCCAUCAUUCCAGUUCACGUUUUAGAAGCAGGAGGUCAAGAAGUGCAAAGGGAUCGAAAUCUCGUAGCUCUCGAUCACACAGCCGUAGUCGCAGUGCGUCUCCGAGCGAAGAUGAAUGUCGAGGGCAGUUUACGGUAGCGGAUAGAAAAAGAUUUUGGAAGAUGCAUAGGAGUAGACAAGAAAAGGCAGAAAGGUGUAGAACUCCACCAAAAGAAGUAAGGCCUCCACCUGGUGCUGUAGAAUCUACUACUGUGGAUGAUGUUCAAUAUGGUGAUCCACCUGAUUUGGAAGGCCCCAAUUUUGCUGAGCUUUUGCCAACACCUGAACAAAUUUUACAUGCGCCGUCAAGUUCAAGGUCCAAACCAAUACCAAUACCUAUAAAAAAUGAUGGGAGUUUUCUAGAAAUGUUUAAAAAGAUGCAAGAAGAGACUAAAAAAGCUGAAGUUGUAGAAGACAAACCAGUAAUUAAAAAACCCAUUCUGCCUUUCAUUGGCAAACGACGGGGUGGGAGAGUACUGAAAACUGGUCUAGUUAAGAAAGCUAAGGCAAUUGAUGAACAAACAGUAGAUAAUACGCCAAAGGAUGCAUGGUCCCUUUAUAUGCAGGAAGUGAAAAAAUACAGAGAAACAUCAUGCGAAGAAGAGAGAAAGACGAGGCCACUGGUCAAAUAAAUAGUUUAUCGCCUACACUGCAUUCGUACAGUUUAUAAAUUAAAAUGCCCGAAAUGAUCAAAUCACCAGCCGACAUCAAAACCGCACCAUUCGAUCCGCGGUUCCCUAACCAGAACCAGACAAGG